AAGAGUCAAAAUGGUUUGAUGAUGUUUUGUGUACAUAGAAAGAUUCGUCGCUAUCGUUGUCGGAAUAAUGUUUUGACUCCAUGAUGACACUAGUGUCUAGUGAAAUGCAUAGUAGGCAAUUACCAGGAAGCAUCACAACACCAAUUUUCUCCAAAAUUCGGGCAGAUGUCGCUAAAGAUUUCGUAGGGAAAUUUCCCGAACAUUUUGAUUUUGUUGGCAUGUUGCGUCGUGUAAGUGAAAAUUCCGGUGUUCGUGUGAUUAAAAGACCAAACUACUACCGAUUAGAGGGUCAGUGGUCACCGAUAGGCCAGAUUUAUGACACGCUGUCAAGGACACUGGACAUCUACGGUACGUCGGACCAGUAUGGUGUCAAUACCACGAAAAUAAAAACUAGAGACACGCCUACUCCACGGAUUAAUAUUAAUUCUGGUGCCGAGUUGCAUAUACCAUCAAACGUCAUGGUUUGCAAGGAAGCUACAGUCGAUGUCAAGGAUAUGGACCCUGAUGAUGAUUGUGACUACGAAAAUCAUGAAUAUAACUCGCUGAAAAACACGAUAUCUGACAUUUGCUCGUCACUUGGUAAAGAAGAGGAGUUCGCCAGUGUUAAGCAGCACAACGAUGACAUCUCAAAAGUAAAAGACUCACUUGGAGAGGAAGAAUUCAAAGAAGUACCAGUAGCAAAGAAAUAUAUUUCAUUCGUUGGGAGUAAUGUCGAUUGUUUUAAGACGGAAUUUACUUUACCGUCAUCAAAUAGGAGAAAUAAUGAAAACAAACGUAGCAAAUCUUUUUCAAAAAAGAAAAAAUGCAAGAACAAUACCCACACUUCCCCAAAUUCAAAAGAACUCCUGGAAGAAAAUGACAAAAAGGCAGUUUCAACUGAAAAGUGUUAUAUAGUCGUCAAUGAGGAUAUGUGUGAAAUAGUUGAUCCAAGUCAUCGAGGAAACAAUACACAGAGUAGAUCACAAAAUGACCUGAAGAUGUAUCAAUGUGUUGAAUGUAAUUUUAUUCACAAAAGUAACACUGCUAUAAGAGAACACUAUUCACGCAUGCAUCGAGCAAAGCCCACCAAAUGUAACGUCUGCCAGAAGUUGUUUCCAAGUGAAAGGUAUGCCAAGCGCCACUGUCGUCUGGUACACAGAGACACCCAAUACUGCUGUGAUGUCUGUGGUAAGACGUACAAGAUUUUGCGAACCCUGGAAGACCAUCUGAAAUCUCACAAGGAUGGUUAUAUAAAACCUGAUUUUCCUUGCGGAAUGUGCGAGAAGACAUUUUCCUCUCAUUAUGUCCUUAAAUGCCACAUCAAGUCUAUACAUUAUGGGGAAAAUCGUACAUAUCUGUGUCCUGUGUGCGGCAAAAGCUUCACAACUAAACACUCUCUAAAUAUGCACCAGAAUGUCCACUCUGGAAGUCGUCCAUUUACAUGUAAUAUUUGUGGGAAAAGUUUCACGUAUGACUCGGCUCUCCGAGAUCAUAAAUUCGUACAUUCAGGUAAAAAAAUAUUUGAAUGUGAAAUAUGCAAAAAAGCAUUUCAGCAAAGAUCUGGUUUACAGAUGCAUGCAAAAAUUCAUCAGGAAAAGAAGGCUUAUGAGUGUAAAGACUGCGGACGUGCUUUUAUACAAAAACAGUCUCUGCAGAGACAUGAACGGUCACACAAGGGAGAGAAACCUUUUUGUUGCAAAGUUUGUGGUCGAUCUUUUGGUGAUUCAGGAAUAAUUCGUCGUCAUUUAAUAAUGGUUCAUAAAAUCAAUAAAGAUACCAAAUCCUGGAGGGAAGAUAUUGUUGAAAAGGGGCGAAAGAACCCAGGAGAGGAGAACCAUGAUAGUGCAGAGGAGGAUGUCGUUGUGGAUUUAGGGGAAGAUUUUGAUCUAAGGGAUACAAAAACAAAUGAAUCCCAAAAACAGAAUAUCAUUGAACAAGCAGACAAUGACACUAAUCAGUCAAGCAUUUCUCAGUUGAAAUAUCAGGAAGGUUGUGUUUCAGAUACAGCUGUACAACCUUCUCCUGACACAGGUAACCUUGAGGCACUCCCCCCGUGUCCAACUAACGAGUCCCCAUCCCCAAACAUGCUGCAGGGAACUUCUGAUCCAACCUGCCUUCCUGAUGCCCAGUCCUUCAUCACCAUUGACUACUGCCGCCCCUUACCCCUGCCCCCACAGUUACCUCCCCUGGGCAGUAAUCAAGGAGACAAUGUUGCAUCGUAUAGUUUACACCCUCACCAACACUCCCCCUACCUGAAUCCUCCAACCUCUAGUCACAUGGACCCAACAAGAUACCACUACCCCAUGGCCUGCUCUCAACAGACUGUUGGUAUUGUUGCCGACGCACGUUAUACAUUAACUCAGACUGAGCCUAACAAUCUCAGCUUGCCAAGGGUUGACAAUGUUUUAAAUAAAUGUCUACAUGACAUGGAGCCUCCUGACAACUUGUCUAUAUCCUCACUAUAUGCAUACUACACAAGUCUAGCAUCACAAUAUCUCAACGCUUCUCAAUAUCAAGGUUACGGCGGGGCAGAUUCCAUUACUCCUGAUCAGGAGUAAAAUGGGUCAAGUUCCAACACCCUGACUUGCAAGUAUAAAGGGGUCACUUUCUGUUAACUUUUACUAGGAGCGAAGUAAUCAUAUUCAUUUUAAUGUAAAUGGCCAGAACUCCUGUAAAUUUUGAUUUGUAUCUAAUAGUUCUUCUGUCAAUUAAUCAGCCCUUACAACAAAUCAACUUUUACAGUCUUCAACCUUGACCAGGCACAAAUGGUUACAAUCCACCAUUCAUGACCAUUAUUAAAAGGUCAGACUCUAUAGAUCCUGGCCGUAAUUCAAUAGUUUCCUUUCAGGAAACCUGGUGAAAAAAAAAAUGCAAAUGUGUCGUAAUUAAUCCAUCAAAACCUACCCAAAAAUGAAAGGUUACACUCCAUCAAGCCUGAUUAUAAAUUGGAGAUCAUGCUCAAUAAAUCCUGACCAAUGAUUCAAAGGUCCCACUCUAUCAACCCAAACAAUUAAUAAGGUCCCACUCUAUCAGCCCAGACAAUUAAUAAGGUCACACUCUAUCAGCCCAGACAAUUAAUAUAGAGGACCCACUCUAUCAGCC